GUUUGUGAGGGAGAAGGAGGAAGCCGCUGUCGUCGCCGGGAGGAGCAGUCCUGUCUUUCCCCGCCGCCGUCGGGAGCGUCGCCGCGGGCCCUUCGCCGGCCCCCACCCCUCCCCAGCCCCUACUCUCUCUACCUCUUGCCGGGGGGGAGCGCCCCGCCAGCCAGCCAUGCCCUCUUCGCCGCUCCGGGUGGCUGUGGUUUGCUCGAGUAACCAAAACCGCAGCAUGGAGGCCCACAAUAUCCUCAGCAAACGUGGUUUCAGCGUCCGAUCGUUUGGUACCGGGACUCACGUCAAGCUGCCAGGACCUGCCCCAGACAAGCCCAACGUUUACGAUUUCAAAACAACAUACGAUCAGAUGUACAGUGACCUGCUUAGGAAAGACAAAGAACUCUAUACACAGAACGGGAUUUUGCACAUGUUGGACCGAAACAAACGAAUCAAGCCCCGUCCAGAAAGAUUCCAGAAUUGCAAAGACGUCUUCGAUUUGAUCUUAACGUGUGAAGAAAGAGUUUAUGAUCAAGUGGUAGAAGAUUUAAAUUCUAGAGAACAGGAAACAUGUCAACCUGUGCAUGUAAUAAAUGUGGACAUUCAAGAUAAUCACGAAGAAGCAACUCUGGGCGCCUUCCUUAUCUGCGAGCUGUGCCAGUGUAUACAGCACACGGAAGACAUGGAAAACGAGAUAGAUGAGCUAUUACAAGAAUUUGAAGAGAAAAGUGGCAGGACUUUUCUGCAUACAGUCUGCUUUUAUUAAAAAAACAAAACCAAUUCAGACGAACAACAGACCCAUCUCCUCCAGGCCUUAACGCAGACAAAAGAGGCAUCUUUAGUUUUGAUCCAACGGGACAUACUUUUCUCCCCCUCCUUUUCGAAAGAGAACGUUUCCAACCCAACUCACUUUCUUGUUGCUGUUUUAAUUUCCUUUGACCCACUGUAUUUUUUUUUUUAAUUUAAUUUCAUUGAUAUUAUUAUUAUUAUUUGCAGUGCAAGGGAGGCAGUUUCUGUACAGGGACACAAAUGAACUCUACCGAGAAAAACGGAGAAAGAAAAAAAGAAAGAACUUCUCUCCCUUGAGGCUGUGGUUUAUUUAAGAGACUAAAAGAUCAAGAUUUGUUUUAAUCCUCUGCCCCUUUCCCCUUCCACUCUUGGCUACCUUACUUGAAUGGUUAUAAGUAGGGUUUUAAUUAUACAAGGAAUGUUUUCACAAAAGAUAUCAUUUAUACGUGCCAGUAUAAAAUCUUAACGUUAUUUCGGUUGGUCGCUUUAUUGGGAUGAACUGAACAGCUGGAAUAUGGAAAGAUUUGAGCAGUGCAUAUCUUGUAUAAUAGUAGCAAUGAAAUUGAAAUCCUCUAAUAAAUGCAAAUCACAUCUACUGUU